AUGGCUGCCCCCGGCCUGGCCUGUGCCCCCCUCUGGUGGCUGGUUCCAGAGUCUCCCCGCUGGCUCGUGUCUCGGGGUCGUCUGCAGGAAGCAGAGGCUGAAGAAGGUCCAUCCCAGAAGUCAGAGUCGUUCGGCUUCCUGGAUCUGCUGAAGACCACAAACAUCCGGAACGUAUCAGUCAUCCUGUGGAUCAUGUGGUUUUCUGUCAACGUCACCUACUUCGGAAUGACCUUCAACUCCUCCAGUCUGUCUGGGAACCCCUACCUCAACUACGGCCUGAUGACGGCCGUGGAGAUCCCGGCGUACGUCGCCAGCUGGCUGGCAGCUCGCAGACUUCCUCGCCGUCUGUCCUUCAUAAUCUCGGGCCUGCUGGCGUCUCUAGCAUUGCUCCUCAUCCAGGUCACUUUCCACAGCCAACCGGCUGUCACCCUGUCCCUGGUGCUUAUGGGAAAAUUUGGCAUCGUUAUCGGCGGCGGGAUUUUGUAUGUGUUCACUGGAGAGCUGUCCCCCACAGUCAUCAGGAACACAGCCAUGUCGUCCUGCGCCAUAUUUGCCCGAGUGGGCUCUGCUCUUUCCCCGUACCUGCUGCAGCUGGCCGUGUUUAACCAGUUCCUGCCCUGGAUCAUUGUGGGCGGCCUGUCGCUGCUCAGCGUUGGGCUCUGCUUCUUCCUGCCGGAGACCUUCAGACAGGCGCUGCCGGACGCCAUCCAGCAGGUCCCACAGGCAAAGUAA